AUGGCUGGUAAACAAGAGGAGGUUAUUCGUCCCACGGUCAAUUUUCCUCGUGGCAUCUGGGGAGAUCAGUUUCUCAUUUAUGAUAAGCAAGAUGAUGAAGACGAGAUGGAGCAGAUAGUCGAAGAUUUGAAAGAAGAAGUGAAGAAAGAUAUAAUGACAGCUCUAGAUGUUCCAGUAGAACAUACAAAUUUGCUAAAAUUGGUUGACGCAGUCCAACGUCUUGGCAUAGGCUAUUAUUUUAAAGAAGAGAUUGAGCAAGCUUUGCAACAUAUCUAUGACACAUACGGUGAUGACUGGACUGGUGGUAGCCCUUCUCUUUGGUUUCGACUCAUGCGACAACAGGGCUUCUAUGUGUCAUGUGUUUAUGAGCUUCGGUUCUUCAUUCCCGAUGCACGCGAAAGUCAAUCAUCACCCAUCUUGAAAAUGGAUGAUUAUUAUAGUUUUAAGAACGGAUAUGAUCUCAAUUCGUUAAUGUUCAACUGUCUGUUAGCUAUCAACCAAAGAGUUGUGUAA